AUGCUCUCUCGAACGAAGCAGUGGCCAUUAAUUUGGCUAGCCUUUAUCUUUAUCGCCUUCUUACCAAGCCUCACGCAUGGCUGGACUUGGUGGUGGACGGACGCGCACGGUAACACCCAUAUAGAUAAUGGGACGAACAAUAGACAAUGUACCAAGAUGGAGCUACCGAAAGGCAAACAAUACCACUGGGAUCCAGAAGGAAGCAUGUAUUGCGUCUCAUUAUUCUCAGACGACCAUUGCGGGGAUCGUAAUGGUUGGUCAUGUCCUCCUUGGGGGCCUCGAUAUCAGGGACAGGAUGUAUCUCUAUCAUAUCUCGUCAAUAUGAACGGUGAAGACAUAUCAUCGUCUUCGUCAUCCGAGCCCACAGCCACCGAAACAUCUGUCGACCCCAGCAACAUGUCAUCUGCUGAGAGCACCUCAUUCAUGACUUCAGCUUCAACAUCAUCAUCAUCAACAAAUACGUCAACACCACAGAUAGAGGCGGGAAGGCUAUCAGAGGGCGCUAUUGCAGGUAUCGUGGUCGGAGCCAUUGCUCUGGUAGCGUCUGUCGCCCUCCUUUGCUUCAUAUCAUAUAAAAUGGGACAACGGCAUCCAAUCAUCAAAAUAUCAGAAGAGGACUCCCAGGACCAGUCCGGAGGAUUAGAUUCACCAUCAGCCCACGAAAUGCACUCCUCGGAUUCACCAUGGAUGGCAAGGUCUCAACUGACGUCGACACCAUCAUCUCCUCUCUCGCCCCGAUCAGAGUUGGCAGACAGCGGGGCGUUUACUAAACGACAAAUGCUAUCAACAUACCAACGGCCGAUGGCAACUGAAUUACCGGAUAACGGACGACGAGAGGUUCCGGCGUAG